AUGUUUGUGUUGCCUGGGAUGAGGCUUUUCUGUUUCUUGGUUUAUGAUGCUCUGAGUUGUGAAGUUGCAGAGCCUACUGCUGUGGUCUCGAAUUAUGAGGAAGAUACACUGUUUAACAGCUUUGAUAACCAUGAUUACCUUUACAAAGGAAUUUCAAAGUUGUGUCUAAUUAAUGAGCUUGAUAAGAGCUUGCUUCUUGUUGCUUCAAAAGAUGGAAAUAUCCGGAUCUGGAAAGAUUACAUGUCGAAGGGGCAUCAGAAAUUAGUUACUGCAUUUUCUUCAGUUCAGGGUAACAGACCUGGUGCUCGCGGUGUAAAUACUGUUGUGGAUUGGCAAAAGCAGUCUGGAUAUCUUUUUAUAUCGGGUGAAAUGUCAUCUAUCAUGGCUUGGGAUAUGGACAAGGAGCAACUUGUCAAUACCAUUCCCUCGAUAUUGGAUUGCAGCGUCUCAGCAUUGGAUGCUCUCUGGAUGCUGCAUAUGAAAGGAGAUGGUUGUGGUUGA